UAAAUUGAUAUCUAUUCAUACUCGUUGUAGGAAAGUAACACUAUCGAUUGUUUAUUAUAAUGUGCGAAAGAAAAUAAAUUUUUGUGUUGAGCUUACCUUUCUCGUUUAUAAAAUUAAACUUGCGUAUUUUAAGUUUGAAAAAAACCUAUUAAAAAAUAAAGAAUGAGGCCAAUAAACAAAAGGAAUAAAUAUAAAAAUAUUGGCAACAGAAGUAUUUUAAAUAAACCUAAUACAGAAAGAAUGAAAGAUGCAAGACAAAUUUUGAAAUUAAAAAGAAGUAAACAACAAAUGAAAAAUUUUUAUUCUAUUAAUACUAAAACAAAUUUUAAUAGGAAACAAUUCAAACCAAUUAAUUUUGAAAGAAUAGUAUCACCAGGAAAACAAGUGCUGAUAAAAAAAGGAAUGAUAACAGUGACUUCUGAACAGAAACCAGUUAGUACUUGUACUAGUACUAGUACUAGUAAUAGUGAGGUAACGAGUGCAGAAAAAUUUGUAUUCCUCGACAGAAAUGGAAUUACUGUUAUGAAACGUAAUUCUAUGCCAACAUCGAAAGUCUCUUCAGUGAGUCAUAUAUCGCAGACAGAUAAUGAUAUUUCCUAUGCUGAUGACGAUGAUUUAGAAAAAAUGACUCUGGAUGAUUUACCCGAAGCAAACAAAUUAAAGACAAUCACCUCUAAUUUUCAAGAUAAUUUUAAUUCUUUGCAAUCAUGGAGUAAUUCACCUGCAACUUCCAGAGUGCUGCAAAAUCACUCUGAUUCGACAAAUGGUUAUAAUAUUUUAGUUACAAAUCUUCACAGAGAAGUAAACAAAACGGAUAUAGUUGUAAGUAAUUCUUAAAUAUUUAUUAGUUUGAUAAUAUUUUCAAACUGAACUUUUAAUCAUUAGGUGAAAGCAGAGUAAUGCCAAACAUUCUUUUUUUUGGAUACUAAUAAUAGAUAACAACAUUUCAGUCUUAUCUUGUAUAUCUGUUUUACGAUGGCUGUUACUAGUACUUGUGUUGCUGAAGUAAUUUAAAUUUUGAAGAGGAUGUAUUAAGAAAAAUUACUAUGAAUUGAAUUUCUAAUGACAGAGUGUAAAGUACUAUAUUAUUUUUCCACCUUUUCCAACGAUUAUUGACACAAUUGUGUGCCAGAAAUAGCCAUUACUUAACGAGUACUUUACGCGGAUUCGUGUUAAUGUGCCAGGCCUGGACUUUAAGCGUGCACCGAA